GAUCUAUUUCGUUUUUCCUUUAGUAUUAGUAGACCACUAGUAUUACAUUUUAUCUAAACAUAGUCCCAGAAAGCCCAAAUUAGCAUAUUCUAUCGACGUUGAAAUAUUAUCGGCUCCAUAAAAAUGCCUCAGCAGUUUACCUUCCAUGACCUUUCGAAUGAGGCUAUCCGCUCUAUGCCCCCCAGUGAGGCCCUGCAAAAACACCUGGAGAACGCACAGCUUGCGCAUCGCAUCUGCGUCGCCAAGGCCCUCAAGGCUGACGAAUCUGUGGAGGAACGAUGCGCUUUAACGUGGGGUGAGGUCGUGCUGCGGUACAAACAGUGGGCUGACUAUCGCCCACCCUUCCAGUUUAGCGAGGCACAAAAAAAAUACAACGCGUACUGGACCCCAAAACGCCUGGCAGCUGACGAUGCCAACCCUCUAAAGUGA